CAGGACAAGCUUGUCGCCUGCAGAUGCCCCUUCCCUGUCUGAAGGAGCAGCAGACUCCAGCCCCAAGCCCAGUGUAAGGUAGCAGAGACGGCACUGAGCCCGGAGCCGGCAAGCAGGGUCCCCGUGCCGGCCACCAUGGGCAGCACCGUGCCCCAGACACCUGGCACCCCCAACGCCUCCCUCAACAGCUCGUGGGCCAGCCCGACGGAGCCCAGCUCCCUGGAAGACCUGGUGGCCACGGGCUGCAUCGGGGUGGUGCUCUCGGCCAUGGGCGUGGUGGGCGUGGCCGGCAACGUGUACACACUGGCGGUCGUGUUCCGCUUCCUGCGUGCCUCGGCCUCCAUGUACGUCUACGUCGUCAACCUGGCACUGGCUGACCUGCUUUACCUGCUCAGCAUCCCCUUCAUCGUGGCCACCUACAUCACCAAGGACUGGCACUUCGGCGACGUGGGCUGCCGCGUCCUCUUCAGCCUGGACUUCCUGACCAUGCACGCCAGCAUCUUCACCCUGACCCUCAUGAGCAGCGAGCGCUAUGCCGCCGUGGCCAGGCCGCUGGACGCCGUGCAGCGCUCCAAGGGCUACCGCAAGGUCCUGGCGCUGGGCACGUGGCUGCUGGCACUGCUGCUGGCGCUGCCCAUGACGCUGGCCAUCCGGCUGGUCCGCCGGGGCCACAAGAGCCUCUGCCUGCCAGCCUGGGGCCCGCGCGCCCACCGCGCCUACCUGACGCUGCUCUUCGGGACCAGCAUCGUGGGGCCCGGUGUGCUCAUCGGGCUGCUCUACGUGCGCCUGGCCCGGGCCUACUGGCUGUCGCAGAGGGCCUCCUUCACUGAGACGCGGCGGCUGCCCAACCCUCGGGUGCUGUACCUCAUCCUGGGCAUCGUGCUGCUCUUCUGGGCCUGCUUCCUGCCCUUCUGGCUGUGGCAGCUCCUGGCCCAGUACCGCGGGGCCCAGCCGCUCACGCCCCGCGCCGCCCGCAUCGUCAACUACCUGACCACCUGCCUCACCUACGGCAACAGCUGCGUGAACCCCUUCCUCUACACGCUGCUCACCAAGAACUACCGCGACUACCGCCAGCGCUCGCUCCCGGGCAGGGGCAUCGGGGGGCCAGCGGGCGCCCGCACCUUCCCGCGGGGCCACACCCCCUGCCAGCGCGGCUCCGGCCGCUCCCUGUCCUCCAGCAGCCAGCAAGGCACCGAGGCCAUCGCGCUGUCCCAGGCAGCCCCCGGGGGGGCUCUGCGCCUGAGUGUCCAGCCUCCCCCAGAGCCCAGGUCACUCCUGCAGCACCCCACCUAGUGACUGCCCCCUUCGUCAGUCCUCUUCCAGAAAGUCCCCUGCCCUCCCCCCCGCCAUGGCUCACUUCAGCUCCAUCAGCCCAGCCGCCUUGCCUGUAAUGCCCAGAAGUCCCCCACCCCGUCCUCUGGAAGGGUCUGUGGGAGGGUCUGCGGGAGGCUGAGGCCCAGGACCGGCUUCUGAGGACCACAGUGAGUGGGGUCUUGCCCAGCCCAGCAGAUGUGAGUGCCCUGCCCGUGCCUGCCUGAC